AUGGCUCAGCAGGUUCAAGGCAAAACAGCCAUCGUCACGGGCGCCGGUUCGGGCAUCAACCUUGAGUUUGCUCGUCUGCUCCUACAACAUGGGGCCAACGUCCUCUUUGCAGAUCUGGCAUUUCGCCCUGAAGCCGAGGAGCUGGUCGGCCAGUACCAGUCGACGCCUAACAAGGCAGUCUUCAAGAAGACCGACGUGACCUCGUGGCCGGAUCUAAACGACAUGUUCAAGGUAGCUGAUCAAGCAUUUGGAUCCGUCGACAUUGUCUGUCCAGGAGCGGGCGUGUUCGAACCACCGUGGAGUAAUUUCUGGUAUCCUCCAGGCUCGGAACAGUCCCAGGACGAUCCUCUCGGGGGAAGAUACAAGGUGCUCGACAUCAACUUGACGCACCCGAUCCGGGUCACGCAGCUGGCCAUCUCCUAUUUCCUAGCCGCGUCUCCCCCUUCGAGCAUAUCGAACCCCAAAUCCAUUGUGCACAUUGCCAGCGUUGCAUCGCAGACGGCGUCGCUGAUUGUUCCUCUCUACCACGCCUCGAAACACGGCGUCGAAGCUCUCGUUAGAUCUCUGGCUAGCCUCGAGCAAUCUCACGGAAUACGUAUCACGGCGGUAGAGCCGGGCGUGGUCAAGACACCGCUGUGGACAGAGCACCCGGAGAAAAUGAAGAUGCUCAAGGAAGGCGCCGCUGAUGAAAGCGACGGUUGGGUUACGCCUGAAGAGGUGGCCGAGGUCAUGCUGGCGUGUGUCAAGGACGACGAAAUCGACAGUGUUCCGGGGGGAAGUGGGCAGACGGGAGGCAAGAUAGCCAUCAAAGGAGGCUCGUGUCUGGAAGUGUUGGCUAGGUCGGUUCGAGACGUGCCAAUGUUCAACAAUAUCGGGCCCUAUGCGACAUACAAGCCAGGCGUCGCUGCGGCCGACACGAACAAGCUGGUCGGCGAAGUGAUGGAUGUGUUGAAGCCUGGGUGGGGGCAGCUUUGA